ACCGGAACGUGCGAUGUUGUGACCAUAGACGGUACAUAUGGUUGUGACUAAAUGAGACGUCGUGCCUCAAAGCAGCUACAGUUUCGACUUGAACACGUGUUUAGACGGGGAGGCUGUAUCAUUUUGUGAACUCCACGUGUUUGUUUUUAUAUAGUAACUUAGACGCUGCAGCUAUAAAGUUUAUAACCUUGUGUUAGCCGCAGCGGUUAAGCUAACGGCUAAUUAAGCCGAGGGGGAGUAACCAAAACAAGAAGGUAGCCGUGCUGCUAGAGAGCGUAAACACAAGUUACUUUAUUAUUUGCACGAAAUCUGCUAUCAUGUCGGCCGUGUCAAAUGACUCGAGGAAACGGAGCAAGAAGCGGUAUGCGGCCAGCCACCACAACAAGCGGUGGAAGGGCUCCCGGGAGCUGGAGGUGGGGAUGCAGGGGAUCCUCAUCACAUGCAACAUGAACGAGAGGAAGUGCACCGCGGAGGCCUUCAAUCUGCUCAAUGAAUACGCCGACCAGCUGUAUGGGCCCGAGAAGUUGCAAGAUAAUAAUGGAAGCAGCAGUGAAGAAGAGGAGGCCGAGGAAGAAGAUGUUGAUGUAGCGCUGAAGAAGGAAGUGGCACAGCUGCAAGCAUCUGGAGCUAAACAGGAGAGACGCUUCCAGGCUUUGGUCAGUGGAGCAAACAAUGUCAUCUUCAUCAAAACUCUAAAUCUGGAAUCUGACAAGCUGGUUCAUCACAUCCUAUCUGAUCUCCACACCACCAAGAAGAAAAAGUCCCGAGUGAUACUUCGGAUGCUGCCAGUAACAGGAACAUGCAGGGCCUUCCAGGAUGACAUGGUGAAGUACCUCACCACUUACCUGGAGCCUUGGUUCAAAACCCCAAACUGUGCUACCUACCAGAUCGCCUUCAAGGCCCGCAACAGCAGCCACAACAAGAGAGACGAAAUCAUCAAAUCAGUAGCAGGCCUAGUGGGGAAGUUGAACCCCAAGAACAAGGUUGAUUUGACCAACCCAGAACUGACAAUCAUUGUGGAGGUCAUCAAGGCUGUGUGUUGCAUCAGUGUGGUAAAAGACUAUACACUGUAUAGAAAGUACAACGUUCAGGAAGUAGUAAAAGAGGACACGCCAAAGCUUGAUGUGGCCACAGCAAAAACUGAUACAAAUACAGCGGAGGAGAAGGAGAAACACGAUGCAGAGACAAACAAAGAAGAGAAGAAAGGCGAGGAAGACAAUGACAAAAAUGUGCCACAAGACAAAAAGGAGGUUGAUAAGGGUGAAGCUGACGGGGAGUAAAAGCUCACAGCUAGAGAAAUUGAGCAGUUGAUGAGUUAGAUUUAAAAGUUAUUUUAAUGGAACAUCAUCUCAAGUUGCUUUAUAUAGUAGUGCAUUUGUUUUAAAGGGAUGGUUCAAAGCAAAGAUAAGGCGAUUUGUUUUUCACUGAGGCUGGAAACAUUCAAACAGAAUCCAAACAUAUCAUAUGUCUUUUUUUAUAUCAUUAUAAGAUAUUCAUGAUACAUAUGUACUGUCUCCAUUGAGAUGUCCGUAUUAGAUAGCAGUGAUCUUAAAUUAGCUGCAUGUCUGCAGCAUAACUUUACCGUCAUCUGACAGUUUUUUAGUGCUGAAUUUGAUUUGAUUUUUUUUUUUUUUUCUUAUAUCAGUGUCAUUUUAUUUCUGACAUUUUUACUCAAAGGAAAAAAGAGUUUUCAGAUCAACUGGUGUGUCACAUUUUUUGUCAUUUCUUAAAGCAGUCCCUGAAUUAAAGCUACCUGUGUGUUUGAUGGU